GCUCCGCGGUCUCAGGUGGGGUCACCCGGCCCGCCCCGCUGGCCCCGGCCGCGUCUGGCCGCUUGUCCUCCGCUCCUCGCGCGCGGCGGCUAGGCAACUUUUGACGUUUUUCAGUGGGGACGCGCACGAGCACGUCUGGGCCGACGGCUGCGGCGGCAGCCGACCCUCGAGGGGCCCUCAGUCGCGCCCCGGUGCUCCCGCCGCCCCGGGUCCGGUGGCCACGAGGCCCCGCCGCGUCCUCCCGCGCUCUCCGGUCCGGCGGCUGCAGCCAUGUCGCGGGGGCCCGAGGAGGUGAACCGGCUCACCGAGAACACCUACCGGAAUGUUAUGGAACAGUUAAUCCGGGGCUACGAAAUUUAAUAAACCUAGGAAAAAAUUAUGAAAAGCUGUUAAUGCUAUGAUCCUUGCAGGAAAAGCCUACUAUGAUGGAGUGGCCAAGAUCGGGGAAAUUGCCACCGGGUCUCCAGUGUCGACUGAGCUGGGCCACGUCCUCAUAGAUUCAAGCACCCACAAGAAGCUCAAUGAGACUCUUGAUGAGAAUUUCAAAAAAUUCCAUAAGGACAUUAUCCAUGAGCUGGAGAAGAAAACGGAACUGGAUGUAAAAUAUAUGAACGCAACUCUUAAAAGAUACCAAGCAGAACACAGGAAUAAACUAGAUUCUUUGGAGAAAUCUCAAGCUGAGUUGAAGAAGAUCAGAAGGAAAAGUCAAGGAGGACGAAACGCCCUAAAGUACGAACACAAAGAAAUUGAGUAUAUAGAGACUGUUACUUCUCGCCAGAGUGAAAUCCAGAAAUUCAUUGCAGAUGGCUAAGAAGCUCUGCUUGAAGAGAAAAGGCGCUUCUGCUUUCUGGUGGAACACUGCAGCUUUGCAAAUCACAUACACUAUUAUCACUUACAGGCUGCAGAAUUACUUAAUUCCAAACUGCCCAGGUGGCAGGAAACCUGUUGCGAUGCCACCAAAGUGCCAGAGAAAAUCAUGAACAUGAUAGAAGAAAUAAAGACUCCAAUCUCUACCCCUGUGUCUGGGACACCCCAGCCAUCACCCAUGAUUGAAAGAAGCAACAUGAUUGGGAAAGAUUACGACACCCUUUCUUCAAAGAUGCCCCCAGCUCCUUCGGCCAGAGCAUAUACCAGUCCUCUGAUUGAUAUGUUCAAUAACCCAGCAACAGUUGCACAGAAUUCAGAAAGGAUAAAUAAUUCAACAGAUGCCUCAGAAGAUGCCAGUUUACAGCGUUCUGUUUCAGUCGCAUCUGGACUGAACCUGAUGAAAAAACACAAAGUAAAGACCAUCUUCCCUCACACUGCUGGUACCAACAAGACCCUGCUCAGCUUUGCACAGGGAGAUGUCAUCACACUGCUCAUCCCUGAGGAGAAGGACGGCUGGCUCUAUGGGGAGCACGAUGCCACCAAAGCGAGGGGUUGGUUCCCGUCAUCAUAUACAAAGUUGUUGGAAGAAAAUGCAAAGGAAUCAGUGACCAUGCCUACACCAAGCCCGGCGCCGGUGAGAAGUGUCAGCACGGUGGACCUGUCUGAGAAGAGCAGCAUGGCCAUCCCCCCUCCUGACUACCUGGAGUGCUUGUCCGCUGGAGCAGCUGCUGAUAAGAGAGCCGAUGUUGCCAAAAACACUUCCACCUUCAGAGUGCUGGCCUCCACACCAGAAGCCGCAUCUCCUAGUGAUGCGAACGGGACUGCAAAGCCGCCCUUUCUCAGUGGAGAAAAUCCCUUUGCUACUGUGAAACUUCGACCUACGGUGACAAAUGAUCGAUCCGCACCAAUCAUUCGAUGAAGAGACCCAGGACCCUCCCGGUUCCUCUGGUGUUAAGUUCUCACUGCACAACGAUAGGUAUAUUGUCUGACAAGUGCUGGGACUCACAGGCUUCACCCAAGGGUGCCUGAUUUCCAAUGUAUCCCACUCGAGCAAAUCGAUGCAUUUUCUCAAUUAGUUUUAGCAUAGUUGGGUUUACACAUUUCUGUCUUUAAGAUAAGUGAAUAAUAGUUUAGUGACCAGCUCAAUCAUUUGAAGUAUUUUCUUCCUAUUCUGUUAAAAAAAAAAAAAAAAAGUAAAUUUGGUUCCGAUCCUUACUACAUCUUUAAUAUUCUAUGAUUAAAAAAAAAAAAAAAAAUGCCAGAAUAAGGGAUAGUCUAUGCUUUCAUGGUUGGCUUUCUGCACCUGAAUGCGAA